UAUUUUAUAUGGAUUUUGGCUCUAUAAAACCUUGAACAUCAAGAGGAACUACCAUCAUCUUCGCUGCCUAUAAAAAAAAUUAAAAAAAAAAAAAACAGCGGAAAAGGAGCCAUGGAAUUGCUAAUGUUGCUUGCCAAGGUUACGGGCACCGUCCUGUUGCUUGGAUUUAGCAGUAUGUUUGUUCGCCUGUUUGAUGCUCUGGUGUUGACGCCAAAAAGGAUUCAUUCCCAGCUCGAAAAGCAAGAAAUCAGGGAUAAUCUACCAUCUUUCUUGCCUGGAAACUUUCAGGUUCCGAAGAAGACGCAGCAUAAAAGAAAACAGGUUCAACACAUAUGUUUCCACCAGGGAAAAUACAGAUUUUGCAGAGGAACCAUCCGGAUAUGGCCAAAUAUUGGCAGUACACCAGAGGACGAUUCUGGUCCGUAUGUGAGAUGAUUCUCAGUUGGUUCUCUUUUCCAUGGAGUCUUAUUUCAAUGUUCAUGGCAGGUUGAUGAUCCAUUUGUUGAAAGAUGAUUUUUUUUUUUUUACUCUUUAUUGUUGUAAGGCUGAAGCUUUCGUGCAAGCUUCUUCCCUAAUAAGGUAGCAUGGCUUUUUCUA